UUCAAAAACUAUCUGGAGUUGUCAAGGCUCAGGCGGACAGAGGCGAAAAAGUACAGUUUGUUGAUGCUUUUUCGGAGAAGCGACGGGAGAAGUUUUGUGGACACAACAUAGCAGGGACCUAUUGGGAGAAGGCUCUUUGUCACACACACUCACACACACACGCUCUGACACACACUCACCGAGAAGGGAGAGAGAGAGAGAGAGUGAGAGUGUGUGGAGACGCGGCUUGGUGCUUGUUGUUUUUGUCCAGAGAAAAAAGUUGCAGAGAAAAAUCGCCAGGUAACUUUUAGCAGCAGCCCUGCGCUCCUCACUGUCCUGCCUCUGGCUUGUGGAGUUUGUCUCUGUGGCUUUUCUUUUUUCCUCUGCUCGGGAGCUCCAACUAAAAGCUGUUCCUGAUGUAUAACAUGAUGGAGACUGAACUGAAGCCCCCAGCUCCCCAGACCAACACGGGGGGCUCGGGCAACACCAACACGUCCGGCACCGGCCCCAACCAGAAAAACAGUCCGGAGCGGGUCAAGAGACCCAUGAACGCGUUCAUGGUGUGGUCCCGGGGCCAGAGGAGGAAGAUGGCGCAAGAAAAUCCCAAAAUGCACAACUCGGAGAUAAGCAAGAGACUGGGCGCUGAGUGGAAACUUCUGUCGGAGAGCGAGAAGAGACCUUUCAUCGACGAAGCCAAGAGGCUGCGGGCCCUGCACAUGAAGGAGCAUCCGGAUUACAAAUACCGGCCCCGGCGGAAAACCAAGACCCUCAUGAAGAAGGACAAGUACACCUUGCCCGGUGGGCUGCUGGCUCCGGGAGGAAACGGGAUGGGAGCUGGGGUCGGUGUAGGGGUGGGCAGCGGGCUGGGCGGUGGGGUGAACCAGCGGAUGGACAGCUAUGCGGCGCACAUGAACGGCUGGACCAACGGUGGCUACGGCAUGAUGCAGGACCAGCUGAGCUACCAGCACCCGGGGCUGAACGCGCACAACCCGAGCCAGAUGCAGUCCAUGCACCGCUAUGACAUGAGCGCCCUGCAGUACAACACCAUGACCAGCUCCCAGAGCUACAUGAACGGCUCCCCGACUUACUCCAUGUCCUAUUCCCAGCAAACCACGCCGGGGAUGACCGCGCUGGGCUCCAUGGGGCCCUCCUCGGUGGUGAAGUCCGAGUCCAGCAGCUCCAGCCCGCCCGUCGUCACCUCGUCGUCCCACCGGGCCGCCCCGGGCUGCCAAAGCGGAGAUCUGAGGGACAUGAUCAGCAUGUACCUGCCCGGGGCGGAGGUCAGCGAGCAGAGCGCCCAGACCAGGCUACACAUGUCCGGGCACUACCAGAGCGCCGUGCCCGGGACGACGAUCAACGGCACGCUGCCGUUAACACACAUGUAAGAGACACACAGCAGAGAGAGAGAAAAAAAAAGAACUUUUAUAAGAGAAACUGUGGACUAUUAACGUUGGACUAUUUUUGUACAGAAAAAUUUCGGGGUGGGAAAAGUUGUAUAGAAGUCUCCAGGAAAAGGACACACGACUCUUUUUUUUCUUUCAUUUUAUUCUAAGGAAGCUCUAGAGGAACGGUAGGAGAUCCCCUCUUCACUGGUGGAUGAAGUUUGGAAGACUAGAAAGUGGGAGUCGCAAUCAAAUGUUUUAUUAUUGCAAUCACCUUUUGUACAGUAUUUAUCAAAGAAACAUUACAAUCAGAUGAAAUUGUUUGUUAAACUGCAAGAGGUUGCAUUUUUCUUUUCUUUUGUUUUUAUAUAUAAAGCAAUGCCAGUUCUGCAGAAAAUAUUAAAAGUGAAAAUGGCAGAACUGGAAUUAUAUGGGAGCGAUCAGUUAUGCUCCUUUAUUACUGCAAACUUUGGAAAGAAAAGGGACAUAAAAACGAAGCAGGUAAUGCUGGGGUUUUUUUUUUCAUUUAAGGUCAAUAUUACUAAACAUUUUAAUUUCUUUAAAAAAAGAUAAGACACUUUUUUUUUCUCUCAUACAGCUUAAAAUAUAGGUUGUUAAUUUAUAUUUCCGUCUCCCACUUUUCAUCUGUUAGAGGUAUGACGCUUGUGCUCUUUAUUUUCUAAUUGAUUUGUACAAUUUCUGUAUAUUUACUGUGAUAUUUUAAGUUUUUAUUUCAAAAAAAUUCAUUCCCGUAGUUGUAUUUUAAAAAUUGUGGCCUGUACGCAGAAGCCAACCACUCCAUGUAUAUAUAUACCGGAACUAAUACCAUCCUUAUAACAGUUACAAUUUCAGCUGAGUAUAUUUUUUUUCAAUAUGCAGUUUGAAAUGAAUAAAUUUUGGAAAUUUGGAUAC